AUGGAAACCCUAGUCGGGGCUCUUGGACAUAACAUCUCCUUCUGUUUCUGGCAGUUGAUAAUAGCUGGGUGUCUGAUCCCUCUUACAUGGUUUGGAACUCCAAAACAUUUCUGGUUUAUUGCUUACGGAGCAACUGUAGCCACCGCAUCAGCUGCUGUUCUUAUAGUGGUAUAUUCAAUAAUGGAUGCACCAAACCAGCCGAUAGUUCAUCACCAGGAGCCAAACGCCAAGAAGAUUGCAUUGGCACUGGGGACGAUAGUGUGUGCUUAUUCAGGCCACCCUGUUUUUCUUACCGUCCAAAUGGACAUGAAACGAAUAAAGGAUUUCAAAAAGGCAUUCAGUUACGCCUUAGUCAUUACGACUCUUAUAUACCUACCAGUGGUAUUUGCCGGGUAUUUUGUGUACGGAAAGACCCUCGAUGCCAAUGUAUUAAACAAUCUACCAUCUGGAGGAGUGUCCUACACUGCCCUUCUAUUGGUUACCUUUCAUCUAGUAUUGGCGUUCAUCAUAGUCCUCAAUCCAAUGUUACAGGAGGUGGAACUGGCGCUUCAUCUAUCAAAAGAAUUCACUUGGAAGAGGUGUGUUGUGAGGUUCUUUGUGGUUGUCUCAAUAUUGUUUGUGGCCGAGACACUACCGACAUUCAAUGAUAUAUUGUCUUUGAUGGGCGGGUCUUCAAUGAUAAUUAUUGCUUUUGUCUGUCCUCCAUUAUUCCACAUGAAAAUGGUUAAAAUGAAGGCAGACGCUGAUGAACAAACUGCCGAAAAUCAGAACGCUGAGGCAAUGCAGGCGCCAUGGGAUAAGCAAACAAAAAUAAUACCGAUGUGGAAAAAGGUUCUAAACUACGCGAUAAUGUGUAUUGCUGUGUUAGCUGGGUUGGUCAUCUCAGUGUCCGCCAUUAUCAACAUCGUCAGUCCCGAGUCAUUCUCUCUACCCUGCUACGUCAAUAUUAGUUGGUCUGCUAUAUGAUGUGUGUAUGGAAUGCAUCACCGAAACAAGAUGUCUUGCUCAACAUAAGUCAAAUCUAGCAAGUUUGACAUAACAUUCAUCGACGUCACGUAUUAAACAAGGGUAGUUGAUAACGACUGAUCAACAUUGAGGCACCACUUAUUGCUUAUGACCUAAU